AGCAGCCGUCCUUGACAUCCGGUGGAGCCUUCUGUGAACAUACUGGCGGGAGUGGGUAUUUAUCCUCUCGUAAUUAAAUAGUAAAGCCGAUUUUAGGAAUCUUUCGAACUUUGUUUUGCAGUUUAAUUCUUCAAUGAAAAGCUUUCUGAGUCAAACCUACCAGAUAGAUUCCUUAAUUGCAUUAAGAAAGCAGUUGCGUGUGUAACUACACCCGAGACUCAUUUUAACAGCGAUCAACGACAAUAAAUGCCCACAGCUGGCUGUCUAGCUAACACUACUCAGACCCUCGACCCAUGCAGUUAAACAUAAUAAACCCUGUCGGCGUAAAGUUAGCAAGUUAAUUUGCGGUAAAAGUAUUUGGCGUUUCCGGGAUCAAAAGGAACUAGACCUGAAAAUUUGGAGGGACAUUUAACUUGCCACCUUUCGAAGAUAGCUGGUUUGCUAGCUAGCUAUUUUGUAACAGUUCGUCGGUCUGCUGGUCGCAGCUGUAAUGGCGAAGGUACAAGUGCUAAACGUUGCGGUUCUGGAUAAUCCGAGUCCUUUUGGAAACCCCUUCCAGUUCGAGAUCACGUUCGAGUGCAUGGAAGAUCUGCCCGAAGAUUUGGAGUGGAAGAUCAUUUACGUGGGUUCGGCAGAGAGCGAGGAGUACGAUCAGACUCUGGACUCCGUCCUCGUGGGUCCAGUUCCUGCUGGAAGGCAUAUGUUUGUGUUUCAGGCAGACGCACCAAACACAGCGUUGAUCCCGGAGAGCGACGCGGUGGGCGUGACCGUAGUGCUGAUCACCUGCACCUAUCGCAGGCAGGAGUUCAUUCGCAUCGGUUACUACGUCAACAACGAGUACACGGAACCCGAGCUGCGAGAGAACCCGCCCAUCAAACCGGAUUACGCACAGCUCCAGAGGAACAUACUGGCAUCCAACCCACGUGUCACACGUUUCCACAUCAACUGGGAAGGCUGCCCUGAGAGGAUGGAGGACUCUGAGAAUGUGGACCCCGCCCCCAACACCAUGCUUCCCCCCUCUUGCCCUCCUGGCAAAGCCCCAUCCUUAAACCUGAUGCCCGAUAACUCUAUGGACUGUUUAUAGGAAAACAUCUGCCAACACAACUAGGCAUGCACAGGCACAACAUCUAUGUGCACACACACCCUACACACCCAUGCAGACACACAAGCACUCUCACACAAUUGCAGCACUUAACAUUCUGUGGCUUUAAAGCCCUGUCUGUCAUCAGGUUGGUGGGGCCUGGUCCUCCAUACCUGCAGGGGGCAGAGCCCUCCACAGAGGAUAGAAUCUGGACUACAGCCUAAUGCAUCUGCUGUCAGUACACACAGUAAUUUGAUUCCUUUCAGUGAAUUGAGCCCAUUUUUCUAUUUUAAGAAGAAAGUGUAAAGCUUUUAUUUUGUUUAAUUUACUGUCAUUGUAGGAAGAUCCCAAAUGAAGGAUUACGAUGAA